AUGUUGGAAUGUACAAUAGUUCUAAUGCUGCAGGCCGCCCAAACGGGAAAAUCGGUGUACGUACAGGCCAUAGUUGUUUUUGUUUUUAGAUUGUCGAGCAUCAAAACAGUGUUUCCGCCACCUCGAACGAUCCCUGAGAAUCAGAGAUCGAUACGGUACCGGGGUGUCAAGAAGUCGGCAGGCUCGGAUCUACAUUACUCCGCCUUUUCUGCCAUUGGUUGGGAAUGGCUUCAGACACCAGGCGCAUCGAACGCGUUACGCUCGCUUGCAUACAAUGUCGGAGCAGGCAUGUUAAAUGUGACGCGACACAACCCAUCUGCAACAGAUGCAAGCGUGAUGGGAAAGAAUGAGCGUGCGCAACAAACACCAGACACAAACCCGUCCAACAGCGAAUUUGAGUGUUCCCCACCAGAGUCUACUUCAACAGGCGAAAACACUUCUCCAGCUGCCGCGGCCAGCAACUACGUGGAAAACAGUUCCAAUUGGCAACUCGCCCAGCCAGGAUCGAUGGCAUUCAUGGUCAGCGAAGACAGACUACUGGAGCUUUUCUUCGACAACUUUUGGCCGGCAUUUCCUUGCAUAUUGCCAUAUGUUUUCCUGCAGGCCAGACGGGUGGAAUACGACCAUGGAAUGCAUGCACUAUUACCCGUUUUACAGUGGAUAGGUUCCAUCUACGCGCCCUCGACUCCUUCAGAACCCUAUUUUGAGGCUGCCGUUGCAGCAGUCUGUAUUUCGAACCUUCCAUCAACGCCAUUCAACGUGCAAGCCCUGAUGUUCUAUGCACUCGCACUAUAUCAUUCCGACGUCAAACCAGGAGCUCGCCAAAAGAUGGAUACCGCAGUUGACAUGGCUUUGGAGUUGUGCAUGAAUGAACGAUGGUUCGCAAGCGCCUAUGGCGAAUCGAAUCCAGUUCUCGAGGAGUCCUGGCGCCGGACAUUCUACCUCUUGAAGAUCUCCAAUCAGCACUUCUCCAUCAUCAACAACAUGCCAAUGUAUUCGCUCCUGACUGUACCUAGCGACGUGGACUUGCCCUGUGACGACGAAUACUAUGUAUCUGGGCAAAUACCGCCCGCCCUUUCUUGGGCUGAAUUCGAGAAUCGUGAGUUUGCUGAUGUUGAAGUUGUGUACUCUUCCAUUGUAUAUCUAUACGAUAUAGCUAUGGUAGUAGCCUACAAAAUCGGACGCUUUACGGAAGAGAUAAUCGAAGGGGCCGAUGCAAAGUUGGCGAUAUGGAAGGCACUCCUGCCAGCUUGGAAGAAAGAUCCUCUAAGAAGUGAUGGUAGCAUAGAUGAAGUCAUGUUCAUGGCUCAUGUCAUCUUUGCGAUCACAACGUCGACGGUACACCGACCAUGUUCAUCCUUAUCGUAUAGCCCAGCAGAAAUGCUCACAGAAUCAUUCCUAUCCCCAUCACCCUUUAUUAUUUCAACAAAAGCGGGACGUGCCACACACACAGCACGAGCGCUCAAAGCAACAGAGAUUCUUACUAAGCUUCUAGCUAUCCCUUGCGCUGUCGAAAAGCACAAUAUUUUCGCAGCGAGCAUUAUUGCACAGCUUACAGCAGUGCAAAUAUCUGCAUGCAACAAUCUACUCGAAGAUUACGCGCAAUCCAUAGCUCGAGAUCGUAUCAGAUUAUCCAUCGCCUGCUUGACCAACCUAGGCAACCUAUGGCCACUAGUGAAGCGAAUGGCGAAGGAGAUUCGGAUGGUUGCGCGAGCGGAUCUCGCAAGUAUCCAGCAUAUGGUCACUACAGAUUCGAACACUGCCGCUACACGUACAACGGACUUUCCUCGUCAGGAACUCAUUGGGACUAUUGAUCCUGUGAUUGGAGUCGACAUCUACUCAGGCAUUAUUCUUCCCCAAGAUUGGAGUGUAAAGGACCCCAGCCAGCAUUCUUCGCCGUCAUCCAAUUCGAUGUGA